AUGCCAUGUUCCCUAUCCGGCGUCAUGCCACUUCCCCGACCCUUGCCAACCCCCUCUGAGUUCUACCUUGCAGAAACUCAACCGCCGGAACUGCCCAGGCAACCCUCGAGUGACUCGCCAACCGGCUCAACGCAACCCUGGAGUGACUCGCCAGCCGUCCUCACCCAAGGAACAGACAGUCGCCCUCGAUCGCAGACACCCACGAACGAAUUGGUCCCCAAACGCCGCUUAGGCAUUGCUGACGAGCACGCCGGAUUUCUUCGUGGGACGAGGACGCCCGCAUUCCUUCGUGGGACGAGCACGCCUGGAUUGCUUCGUGGGACGAGGACCGUGGACUAA